AGGAGCUGCGGCCCAAAGGACUGGACGUCAAGCAGGAGGAGCUGGGUGACCUGGUGGACAAGGAGAUGGCAGCGACGGCAGCAGCCAUCCUGCCCGCAUCGAGGAGAUGCUGAGCAAGGCACGGGCUGGUGACACUGGGGUCAAACUGGAAGUGAACGAGAGGAUCCUGGGCUCCUGCACAGGCCUCAUGCAGGCCAUCCACGUCCUGGUCCUGGCCUCCAAGGACCUCCAGAGAGAGAUCGUGGAGAGCGGACGGGGCGCGGCGUCCCCCAAGGAGUUUUACGCCAAGAAUUCCCGCUGGACCGAGGGUCUCAUCUCCGCCUCCAAGGCCGUGGGCUGGGGUGCCACCGUCAUGGUCGACGCUGCCGACCUGGUGGUGCAAGGCAAGGGGACGUUCGAGGAGCUGAUGGUCUGUUCCCGGGAGAUCGCGGCCAGCACUGCCCAGCUGGUGGCCGCCUCCAAGGUGAAGGCUGACAAAGACAGCGCCAACCUUUGCAAGCUCCAACAAGCCUCCCGGGCUGUCAACCAGGCCACGGCUGGCGUGGUGGCCUCCACCAAGGCUGGGAGGUCACAGGUGGAGGAGAAAGACAGCAUGGACUUCUCCAGCAUGACGCUCACCCAGAUCAAGCGUCAGGAGAUGGACUCGCAGGUGCGGGUGCUGGAGCUGGAAAACCAGCUGCAGAAGGAGCGGCAGAAGCUGGGGGAGCUGCGCAAGAAGCACUACGAGCUGGCAGGAGUGGCGGAGGGCUGGGAGGAGGAUG